GACUUGGGGACGGUGAGUAGUGAAGCAACUGAAGCAAUCUCGACGCUGACAACCUUUCCUCAGUUUUUGGCCGCGCGGCGCUCCACUCAGACUCAGUGCGAAGCCAAACGCGGGAGGGGGAGGGUGCGUUGCGCUGCUCCAGGCUAGGUCAUACGUCAGGAGAACAUCACCCCCAGCAACCAACGCCCCCGUGCUCCGCUACCGCACUCACACGUCUAGUAACUCAAAUACUUGCAAAGUUUACCAGAACUCCGCGACUUGCUGGGCGUUGCUGUGUUGUCUUGCGGUGAAGUGAAAGUGCCGCGUCUCCUAAGGCCGCCUCGUGGUUCCCGCAACACGUGGUGACGAGGUUGAAUGGAGUGACAUUAAAGUGAUAUUCAUCGGGGAAGUGGUGCAUCCAAUCCGCGGCGGUGAAGGAGUGAGAAACACGUGAAUACUGUGUGGCUGUGAAUCUACCUACGAGUAUUUGACUGUGAUUGUAAACUUACCUAAGUUAGUGAAGGUGCUCUCAGAUGCCCUCUCCAAAGAACCUGAAUGUGUAAUAGUGUGAUCUUGGUACUCAAACUACACGCAUAGAGUAUAGAACUUAAAACCUACAAGAUAUUUAAUAAACUUGCCUUAGAAUACCAGUACAAACUCAAAACUUAUAUAUAUAUAAAUAUAUCUCCCUAAGAAAACGAAAACAAACAUCACUACACCAUAAAAUCAGUGAAGGAGAUUCAAGUGCAGACAAUAUUAAAUCUUUGGAGUGUGAAUGGUGAGGGCGGAGCGCGGCUUUCAUGGCACACUUCCUGGCCCGCUGACCCUCCACGGCGGCACCUUCUGACACCCGGUGGUGAGUGGCAGCUCGUCAGAAUCAUCAGUGGCAGUGAAGCUGGGCGGACACCAUGUUGCCCCACCGCUACAAACCCGUGGCGCAGGAUGACACGGACGCCGACAGAAUGUGGUCGUCAUGGGAGUGGCAGCUAGAAGAGGAACCAGAUGCCGCAGCCACAGCCAAGGAGUUGGUUGGAUCGACGCGGCCGCGGGUAUGGCGCAACAUGCUGCUGGCCACCGUGGGAGUGAUGGUGGUGGUGGCCGUCGCUAUCGCCACAGUCAUCGUCACCCGCAGUCCGAGCGUCGGGUCCCCAAAAACGGCGCCCCUGAAAGCUCAGCCCGGUGGUAUAGACCUGAUCGAGGUGCUCAAUGGGACCUUCUCCACCUUCUCCUUCAACGGCACGUGGAUCUCAGACCGAGAGUUCCUGUUCCGAUCGGCUGAGAAUGGCCUCAACAUCUUCCACGUGGACUCGCAGACCACGGAGGAAAUUCUCAGCAAGGAGCUCAUGAAUGAAUGGAGGCCGUUCAAGUACAGCCUGUCACCCAGCCGUAAAUACCUCCUUGUCGCCCAUGAUGUACAAAAGUUGUUCCGGUACUCUUACUUGGCUCGUCACACAGUGCUCAACCUUGAAACUGGAGAGAGUAUACCACUGGCACCAACCAGGGUGAGGAACAAGAAUGAUCAGCCACCACUGCUGUUCGCCACCUGGGCACCAACCAACGACGCCCUGGCCUUUGUGUCCCACAAUGACCUGUACUACACCACCGGCCCCGACCUGGAGACCAUGUACAGGAUCACCGACACUGGACAGAUUGGCAGCAUUUUCAAUGGCAUCCCUGACUGGGUGUAUGAAGAGGAAAUCCUGAGCUCCAAUUCUGCCCUUUGGUUUUCACCUGAUAGCGUCCGCCUUGCAUUUGCAACGUUCAAUGACUCGCGUGUUGACACCAUGAACUUCCCUCUGUAUGGCCGCCCAGGAGACUUGUCCUUCCAGUACCCCAUCCAGCAGUCCAUUAAGUACCCCAAACCUGGACGUGCCAACCCUGUGGUGGACUUGUGGGUGGUGGACCUCGCCAAACUGGUAAGUGGCAGUGCAGACACUGUGAUCCGCCUGCCCCCACCCACCUCCCUGGCUGCCAUUGACCACUACUUCACUGCCGUGGGCUGGGCCACCUCAGACAAAAUCUCUGUUAUCUGGAUGAACAGGCAUCAGAAUGUGAACACCAUCAGCAUCUGUGCAGCAAACACUGGCACCUGCAAUGAUGACCUGGUUCAUGAGUCUCCUGACCACGCCUGGAAUGAUCUGUACACAACACCAAAGUUCAACUCUGUGGAUGGAGAUUCUUACCUGGUCAUCAUUCCUACACCACAGCAGGAAAAAGGAAAUUUCAGACACAUUGCUUUGCGUCGCUCCUCAGACAAGACUUUGACUCCUCUGACUACUGGAACCUAUGAAGUGGUGGAGAUUCUCUCUUGGGAUGAGACAAAUCAUAUAGUAUAUUUCAUGGCUGCUCCUUCAGGGAAACCUGGCCAAAGACACUUUUACUAUGUUGGGGACCUGAAGUCCAAGCAGCCCAAACAAGCUUACUGCAUCACCUGUGGCUUCAAGAACGACUUCAAUGAGGAGUGUAACUAUAAUGCUGUCGACAUCAGCAAGGACAACACCUACUAUGUCCUGACCUGCAAUGGUCCAGGCAUCCCUCAGGUGACCAUCCACCGUGCUGCAGACCAUGCCCGCCUCUUGCUGCUGGAGGACAACCAGGAGGUUCGAGAGCGCCUGCUGGACCGUUCCCUGCCCCUGGAAAAGCGCCUGGAGAUUGAUAUUGAAGGUGGCUUCAAGGCCCAAGUAUCCAUGAAGGUCCCUCCAGAUUACAACCCAACACGCUUCCAGUCUUACCCCAUGCUGGUCUAUGUGUACGGAGGGCCAGGAUCUCAGCUGGUGAGUGACCGCUUCAGAAUUGACUGGGGAGACUACCUGGCAUCUGAGAGAGGCAUCAUUUACGCCUCUAUUGAUGGCCGUGGCUCAGGCUACGCUGGGGACAAGCUGCUUCACUCUCUGUACUAUGGCCUGGGUACUGGUGAGGUGGAGGACCAGCUUGCCGUGACUGCUGCUCUGCAGAAAUCUUUCCCAUUCAUUGAUUCUUCCCGGACUGCCAUCUGGGGCUGGUCCUAUGGAGGCUAUGUCACAGCUGCUGCUCUCUCUCGGGACGUCAACAAUGUGUUCAAGUGUGGCAUAUCUGUGGCACCAGUAACUUCAUGGAUUUAUUAUGAUACUGUCUAUACUGAGAGAUACAUGGGCCUGCCAACCCUAGAUGACAACUUUGAGGCCUACAACUCAUCUGAUAUUACAAGAAACGUGUCCAACUUCAAAAACAAGCAGUUCUUCUUGAUACAUGGAACUGCUGAUGACAAUGUCCACUACCAGCAGUCCAUGAUGUUGUCCAGAGCACUUGAACUUGAAGAUAUUCUAUUUAGGUCUCAGAGUUAUCCUGAUGAGAACCAUGGCCUGGCUGGCGUCAAGAAGCACCACUAUCAUUCCAUGGAGGACUUCCUUAACAACUGCUUCAACAAGGUCUGAUCCUGUGGCAGCUCACCUCGAGGGAACUACUUGUAGGCCAUUCCUGUCACUGUACUUCAUGCUGCCCAAGACUCAGUUACUCCAUUAUUUCAUAUCAUUAUCUACAUUCAUCUCCCUUUCAAGAGUUACAAUUUUCCUACAUGAUGCACUAAAGAUUCUUAUGAAUAAAAAUUCAAGAUAAAUUAAAUAGUUUGAAUUGAAAUAUUUUUAGUUUUUAUUCUAUAUUAGAGUAUAUUUAUAAUCUGAGCUACUAAAUAUGAAUUGCACCUUUCAACACACCUAUACACAAAGAUAUCUGUAAACCUCCAAUCAACUUAUGACACAUCUUGUCAAGAAAGUAUGAAAAAUUUCACCUAGCAGCUACAGACAUUAUUUUCACAUACUUCUGUCAAUUCUGCUUAAGUCAUUAUUACAUUCCAUUUCAUUAAUAUAUGCAGCAUUCCAAGUGUGAGGUCAUGCUGAUGGUACGCACUGACCUCACUUUCAAGUGUCAUUUCACGGCUUUAAGUGUCACUGUAUUUCACCUCUAAUAACUUUGAACCCUUUAGGUCACUCUUUGUCAGUGCAAACCACUUUCUUUCCUCAUUAUGGAAAACCUUUUCAUGGAAAGUGAUGUAGUGGAUACAAGUAGUCCUUUGAAUACAAAAAAAAUAAAGUUAUAGAUUUUUUAA